GCGUACCGUUUUGACGAGCGGUUCAGGUCUCGCGGCGGACGAAAAACCAGCACCGAAGUUUCAAUUUCAGGACAUUUCGAAUAGUUCCACUCCGAAUGUUUCCUUGAGUUGUGGAACACUCAGCGUUUACAACCUUCAAACAUCUCAAAUGUCCCCGAAUCUUGAAGUCAGACUCUCACAGAGUCCAGGCAAAUGUCCAACAUGGAAGGGCAUUGUGACAUUGAGAAUUAGUGCGAGUUCUUUGUCCAUCCGAGCCAACGACCUACAUCCGGUAGACGGCGAAUUUGUAUAUCCACUCCUCUCAUGUCUGACUUGCAUGAUAUUUGCUGCCAUUGCUGCCCAUGAACUCCUUGCUGUAACCACCCCCCCACUCUUGACCGAUUCCAAUGCCUGGAUCCAGCCGCAUCCCAACGAGUAAGGAACUAGCUGCUUGAAGCCUGCAACCCCCCGAACCCCCCACCAUAUCUGACUCACAGCCCCACUCUCCGAGUUCUUUUUCAUGCUAUCAGGCAACAGGAUAUCCCCACAACUCAAUCUUA